AUGACCAAUACGACCAUUGAAUCAAGUAGUAGUUCUAAACCUCCGUUGCCACCUAAGGACUCUAAGGACAAAGCUGUAAAAAGCAAACCCAGGCAACAAUCUAAAGUAUGGGAACAUUUUACAAAAAAUGAGGAUGAUUAUUCUGAACCUAGAGCUGUGUGCAACUAUUGUGGCAAAGAUUAUGCAAGUGAUACUAGAAGAAAUGGGACAAGUACUCUUUCGAACCAUAUAAACAAUCAGUGUAAGAAGAAUCCUUACAAAUUAGAAGAUAAGAAGCAAAAGAUUUUACAUUAUCUAAAGAAGAGUGACAGUGAGGAUGGAAGUGGAUCGGGUAGUAAUCUUGUAGCUACGGGAUUUAGUCAAGUGGCUUGUAGGAUGGCAUGCGCCAAAAUGAUUAUCAUUGAUGAACUGUCACUUCGAUUUGUGGAGUAA